CUGCCCGAGCCGCUCCGGGGCCACGCGGCGCCCGCACCCCGCAGGGGCGGCUGCGGCAUCGCUGGGACCCACUCGGCGGGGGAGGCAGACGAAGUUAUUCCCUGCUCCCCGGCAGCGAGAUUCCGAUGGGCAAGAUGGUGCCCAACUCUCUGCCCGCACUCUUCCUUCUGCUGCUGCUCCUCGCCUGUCCCGAGUCGCGGGCUUCCCAGAACUGUCUCAGCAAACAGCAGCUCCUCUCAGCCAUCCGCCAGCUGCAGCAGCUGCUGAAGGGCCAGGAGACGCGCUUCGCCGAGGGCAUCCGCCACAUGAAGAGCCGGCUGGCAGCGCUGCAGAGCUCUGUGAGCAGGGUGGCCCCGGAUGCGCUGCCAGUUUCCUGCCCAGCUCUGAACGCCCCUCCAGAUGGCAAAAAGUUUGGAAGCAAGUACUUAGUGGAUCACGAAGUCCAUUUUACCUGCAACCCCGGGUUCCGGCUGGUUGGGCCCAGCAGCGUGGUGUGUCUUCCCAAUGGCACCUGGACGGGGGAGCAGCCCCGCUGUAGAGAUAUCAGCGAAUGCUCCAGCCAGCCUUGUCAAAAUGGUGGAACGUGUGUAGAAGGAGUCAACCAGUACAGAUGCGUGUGUCCUCCAGGAAGGACUGGGAGCCGCUGUCAGCACCAGGCCCAGACUGCCGCCCCCGAGGGCAGCGUGGCCGGCGACCCCGCCUUCAGCCGCGCGCCGCGCUGUGCGCAGGUGGAGCGGGCCCAGCACUGCAGCUGCGAGGCCGGCUUCCACCUGAGCGGCGCCGCGGGAGACAGCGUCUGCCAGGAUGUUAACGAGUGUGAGAUCUACGGGCAGGAGGGGCGCCCCCGGCUCUGCAUGCACGCCUGUGUGAACACCCCAGGCUCCUACCGCUGCACCUGUCCCGGCGGGUACCGGACCCUGGCCGACGGGAAGAGUUGUGAGGAUGUCGAUGAGUGUAUGGGCCCACAGCACAUGUGUCCCCAGGGGACCACGUGCAUCAACACUGGUGGAGGCUUCCAGUGCGUCAGCCCCGAGUGCCCCGAGGGCAGCGGCAAUGUGAGCUAUGUGAAGACAUCUCCAUUCCAGUGCGAGCGAAACCCCUGCCCCAUGGACAGCAGACCCUGCCGCCACCUGCCCAAGACUAUCUCCUUCCAUUACCUGUCUCUGCCCUCCAACCUGAAGCCACCCAUCACACUCUUCCGCAUGGCCACGGCCUCAGCUCCUGGCCGACCCGGGCCCAACAGUCUGCGGUUUGGGAUCGUGGGCGGGAACAGCCGCGGCCACUUUGUGAUGCAGCGCUCAGACAGGCAGACGGGGGAGCUGAUCCUCGUCCAGACCCUGGCGGGGCCUCAGACGCUGGAGGUGGACGUUGACAUGUCAGAAUACCUGGACCGCUCCUUCCAGGCUAACCAUGUGUCCAAGGUCACCAUCUUCGUGUCCCCCUAUGACUUCUAAGAGUGCCAUGGGGGUACGGAGAUCUGGCUCAUUUCUCUUCCUGGAAGACUCCACUUUGGGCACUGCCUGUGACAGACAUCUCUCCCCUCCUGCCUUGUCCCUGCCCACAUGCCUGUUCACCCAGGCUUCUAGGGCAGUGCUGCACACUGUCCCAUGGCGGGGCACAGAAGGGCAGCCACAAAACCCAAACUGCUGCCAUCACAUUCUUUUCUGCUUUGAGCCCCUUCCCUUAGAUGAUGCACUAACUUUCUCAAACCUUUUUUGGGGGAUGGGCAGCUUUUCAAAAUGCUGUGCAAAUGGUGUGAGUUUCAACUAGCUGGGAAGGGAAAAGCUCGCGGUGUGUGUCAGGUGAUUUUUGGCCUUUCUGCACUGUUACAGCCAAGCUUGCUCUGAAUGAGGUGGUUCUGGUUAUGCUGAGAGUCCAGCCACGCCUCUGCUCAUGUGGCAUAGGGGGUGACGUCUCCUCCCACGACCCCACCCAAUAUGUUGUCUGCCUUCCCCCUGACACGCCUGCUGGCCUUCUCAUCAGAGAGUCACGGGAGGGCCUGUAAACUCCAUGCAAUCCUUCUAGACCAAGGAACCAUCAUUAAAGCAUGGAUUCUGCCUGGGUUACCUCCCUUUUGAGAAAUCCUAUCUCAACUACAUAUCUGAUAUUAUAACUGAAGAAAUAAAGUCUGUUGCUCCU